UUUGGAUCGAAGAACUUACGAGCGAAUGCAGCAACCGCAUAAAUAAAAGGCAAUUCUUGAAGGCUGAUAACGUGAGACCAUAUCCUGAACCAGAAGCUGAUAACGCGGAACGAAGCCCUGAACCAGUAAAACACUUUGAUCACAAGUACACGAGUACGAUCAUUAACACGCAAGAAAUAUCAUCAAAAUUAAUGAGUACUAGCAAUCUGGUUAUUAUUAGCAAUCCGAUAAAUAGUCUGAAAAUUCCUGAUG